UAGGGUUUUGAGAAUUAGAGCACAUUCCUGAAAUUGCACUACAGCUACAGGAGCUUUUCGUGCAGUUCAGAUUUUGAGAACCAAAAAUGGGGAAAGCAAAAAAGGCUCCCAAAUUCGCAGUGAUGAAGAAAAUGGUUACUCACAAAGCAAUCAAGGAGCAUAAAGAGGCAGUUUUGAACCCUAAUAAGAAAGAUUUAACUAAAGAGAAGCUCCCAAGAAACGUGCCUUAUGUUUCGUCUGCACUCUUCUUCAAGUACAACACAGCUUUGGGGCCGCCGUAUCUUGUUUUAGUUGAUACUAACUUUAUUAAUUUCUCCAUUCAGAAUAAAUUGGAUUUGGAGAAAGGGAUGAUGGAUUGCUUGUAUGCCAAAUGUACUCCUUGCAUUACAGACUGUGUCAUGGCUGAGCUUGAGAAGCUGGGUCAGAAAUACCGCGUUGCUCUUAGAAUUGCAAAAGAUCCCCGAUUCGAAAGGCUUCCCUGUACUCACAAAGGGACAUAUGCCGAUGAUUGUAUUGUUGAGAGAGUUACACAGCACAAGUGCUAUAUUGUCGCAACAUGUGAUCGAGAUUUGAAGCGUAGAAUACGCAAGAUCCCUGGUGUACCAAUCAUGUACAUCACUCAACACAAGUACUCUAUUGAAAGGUUGCCUGAAGCAACGAUUGGUGGAGCUCCAAGAUUUUGAUGAUAUGGAAGCUAACAAUGAAUUCCCAAGCUCUGGAUGGUGGUUCCAAUUGCCAACAUUUUGUCACUACAACAAGACUUCCAUCUCUCUGCAGUGUUGGAUGAUAAUUGCUGAAAUAUCAUUGUCAAUUUUGUACCUUAGGAAUUUCUGUAUCCCAAAUCCCAAAGAUAUGAAUCUUUUUCAUUUUGCUGGUUUCUGAUAGAAAAAAAAUAUCCGCAUUUGGGAUCUACUUGCGGUCCGUGUGUAUAUUGUUGUGCUGAAGCGCAUACCUUGCUAGAACUAUUAUCAAUGCUCUUAUUAGCUGUAAUUCCUCAGCCACAAUGUCUCACCGCGAAUGAAUACACAAUUUGAGUAUUUAUCCAUUU